CAGCCUUGAACUUCUCUGAAUGCAAUACCUCGAGACGCCCACCAGGGGCAGCAGCGCGGAUCAGACUGAGUUUGGUGAGCUCUGCGUCACUGUGUGUUUGAACGUGGCGGCGCUGAGUAGAGGGGCAGCUCUGUGUGUGUGUGUGUAUAGGUAUAUGAGUGUUGUGGUUAGUUAGAGCUGGAUUAUUAUUGUUCAGUUUUAGAGAUGUAGCUGUUUAUCUCUCUCUCAGAGUUCAGUAGUUACUCUCUUUCUGUAAUCAGCGGUUCUGAGGGAUCUGAACAGGAGAAGGCAGGAUGAAGGCUGCGGCGUGCAGUGAGAAGUGGAGCGGCCUGUUCAGCGCUGGAGGAGACUCUGAUGAUGAGGACUUACUAGAAGCUGAUUGGACGCUUGCAUCUAAACCUUCUUCUGCUCCUGGAAUUUCUGCAGCCCCGCCUUCUGCUCCUUUGCAAGAACCAUCUAGUUCCAUUACUGACAGAACACAGCAGCAGCAGGGCUCCACUAUUCUAUCAGCCAGCUUCCAGAACAACAGUUCAGGGCCAGGCUCAUUAGCACCACCUUGUGGUCUCCCAGAGCCCGGAACUAUUAAAGGUCUCAGAAGCUUGCCCAAUCCCAGCUCCUCCUCUCUCUCUACACCUGCUCCCUGUAUACCUACUGCUUCUCUGAGAGUAUCCAGUGCUGUCGCUUCUCUGCAGCCUUUUUCUGACCAGCCGAAGCCUUCAUCUGCACUCAGCAGUGCUGUCCAGGCCGAUGACUUUGAUGACUGGGAUGUGGAUCUGGAGGAACUGGAUGAGAGUCUGUUGCAGAAAGUCUCUGGGCCCCAGGCUGCUCCAGCCUCAGAUGCAGACAGGGUCUGUCCCGUUAAAAGACUGAGAUCUUCAGCUGUUGUUGAAGAUACCCCUGUUGUAUCUUCUCUCAGAGGGUUCUGCAGCACUACUCCAGCAUCUGGACCCCAACAGUCUGUUGCCAGGACCCCGUGUUCCUCCAUAUUAUCUCCAAGAGUUCCUCUUCAGAGUCCGUACCAACCCUUUGUGAGGAACUCUUCUUCAGCCUGCCGUUUCUCCAGUCCGAGAGGCGGGAGAGCAGCACCUGACUGCCAGAGAGCUGCAGUUACUCCAAAAGCUCCACAGCGCCACCCUGAGUCCCUGUUCCAAGCUAUAUCUCCCGCUCCAACACAGACGCGUACGCCCCGCCCCCUCCACACACCCGUCCUGACCAAUCACCUGGUCCAGCUGGUGUCUGCAGCCAGUAAGACCCCUCAGAGGCCGCGGAGCAGUACAGCUCGGCCCAAAACACGCCGCUUUCCAGGACCGGCAGGAGCUUUGCCACAACAGAUUAGUCGGCAGAAUCUAGAUGACAUUGUUGUAUCAGUGCCACAGACGCCAGCACACGGAGCUGUGGCUCGCCUGCGAAAUGAGGUCUCGAACUCUCAAAGCAGUGAGGAAGAAGAGUUCAGUGGGGGUCCAUGGGCAGCAAUGAAGGCUGAGAUGGGGUUGGAUGAGAGGAACCCUUCCUGUUUCCUGCAUUCGUACAGUAUAGUUAUGGUGCUGAGGAAAGCUGCUCUGAGACAGCUGACUAAGAAUAAGGUUCCUAACAUGGCUGUGGUGUUGAAGAGCAUCUUACACACGCAUGCAGAUGCCAAGGCAGUGUUCAGGGACCCCACAGGUGAGAUACAGGGUACUCUUCACCGUCGUUUGCUGGAGGACAGACAGGGAGAGUUGAAGACUGGAGCUGUGCUGCUGCUCAAACAAGUCGGUGUGUUCUCACCUUCCCAUCGGAACCACUACCUGAACGUUACCCCCAACAACUUGCUCAAAAUCUACCCCCCUGAUGGAUCCCCACUCGGCUUUUCUCAGCAUUCACAGCCUCUGCUGGCUGCAGCUGGAGUACCACAGUGUGAUUCCUCCAGGCCUCCAGGGGGCCCUGUGUCUCAGAUGGAGCUGCACUUUGAUGAUGAUGAUGCAGAGCCAGAAAAGGAAGCUAACUCGGCUGCAGCUCCUCUUAGUGCUGUGGUUCAGCCUUCAGGUCCCCAGACCUCAGAGGAUGCCCUGUGGGGUGCAGAUGAUCUUGAUGAGCUUCUUGGAGAGUUACCUUUUGAGUGAUGCUGCAUCAAGCACUAACCAUGAAAAUACGAUGUCAUUACCAUGAAACUACACUGUAAAGGGCUGUGUCCAAUAGCCUUUCAAAGUCUUUGUCUUUGCGUUUUGUUCAGUUUGUAAAAGUGCCUUUGUAAUAUAUGUAAAUAAUCAUAGAACAAAAUCAUCUGGAAAAGAUGAAUAAAUUCUUUUGAAUGAAA